AACUCCAAAACACAAACUAGAGUUUGUUCUUAAAUCUUAUGGAUAAUUUUUUUCAAUGCUUUCAUCUACGCCCAAGAGUUCAAGCAAGCAAUGGAAAGAAAGAGGUUGUGUUGAGGGUGCAAAUGGAGAAUACCGAGAAGCGAUCUAAAGUUAUGAAGUGCUUGGUUAAAUGGCAUGGUGUUAUCUCUGUGUCAUUGAAAGGGAAGGAAAACAAUGAAAUAGCAUUUGUUGGAGAAGGGAUUGAUCCUGUGAGCAUCACUCAAAAACUUAGGAAGAAAAUGGGUUCUGUAGAGAUGCUCAAGGUUGCAGCUCCGGACAAGGACAAGGACAAGGACAAGGACAAGGAAAAAGAGGCUGAUAUAAAUAAACCUCCUUGGAUUUAUUAUCCACCACUACCACAACCAAUAUACUCUAACAGUGAACCAACUUGUUCCAUUUUGUAAGUCAUAUUAUGUAUAUAUAAUAUAUUGUAUUACAUAUAUUAUAUUAUAUAUAUGAUUUAUAAAAUGGAACAAGGUGUGUGUAUAUAUAUAUAUAUAUAUUAUUUAGUUUCCACCUUAAUAAUUAUGUGGUAAAAAAUUUCUAUGUAAAAGAUUGAGAGUUUGGUUUCCCUUCUAAUGAAAUA